ACACAUGUUACGUUUCAAGUUAUAAUUUUACGUGUUUUUAAUUAAUUUCAAAAAGUGCAUAUUAGAUAAGUAUUAAAAGCUUCAUUGAAUUUGCGGUAAAAUAAGGACUAUUGUGGAGUAAAUCUGUAGGAUUUCUGCCGUUUUCAAAUCGCAAUCUUUAGUAUGGCCAUUGAAUUGGAGCCGCCGAAAGAUAAAUGGAACUUAAUCUACAUGACCCUCAUCUUCCUCGGCCUUGCCACCCUUGUCCCAUGGAACAUGUUCAUCACGGCCAAGGAUUACUUCGUGAAGUACAAGUUGGUGGACCAACCAGAUUUGGCAGAUAAUUUCUUGGCGUAUAUCGGCUGGGCCAGCCAGCUGCCGAAUGUUGUGUUCAAUUGGCUUAACGUAUUCCUGCACAUUGGUGGUAAUCUAACUACGCGUAUAGUGUGGUCGCUAUGCAUAGAAACUGGCAUCUUCAUAUUCACUGUAAUGCUGGCCAUGUUGGACACACAAGAUAUACCCGCCGUGUUCUUCUGGGUCACCAUGAUAUCAGUGCUGUUUCUCAACGCAUUCAACGCGAUCUUCCAAAACUCAGUAUACGGUGUGGCCGCCCGCCUCCCCUCGCGGUUCACAGGGGCAAUCCUCUCUGGGUCUAAUGUUUGUGGAACCUUGGUGGUCUUUGUGGACUGGGGCUCCCAUAUGUUCGGCAGCAAGAGAACAGCAGCUAUUUACUACUUUAUCACUGGAAUUCUGGUGCUACUAGUGUGUUUAGAUACCUUCCUUGCUUUACCUCUUAAUAGGUUCUACCGCUACUACGACACAUUGCACAAGCGAACUGUGAGAGCCUCCGUGGUAGCGUCCGCUCCCGGCGCACCGCAGGCAGCCCAGCGAAUCCCAUACUGGACCAUAGCGAAGCAAGCCAGGGUGCAGCUGUAUAACAUAUUCACGAUAUUCUUCGUUACUCUCGCUAUCUUCCCAUCUGUACACUCUGAAAUUAAACCAAACACAGAUGGAUUUCUUGGCAACAAUUUCGUGAGGAUUACGUGUUUCCUCACGUUUAAUUUUAUGGCCAUGAUUGGGAAUAUUACAGCUAGCAUGUGGCAAUAUCCGACUCGCCACUGGCUGUCAGUGUUCACAACAGCCCGUUUCCUAUUCAUCCCGUUCUUCUUGUUCUGCAACUACAAGCCUGAUGAACGCCAGCUCCCUGUGUUAGUUACCAACGACUAUGUUUACUGGAUUGGCUCUGCUUUGUUAGGCUGGACCUCUGGACUUGGCAGCUCUUUGGGGAUGAUGUAUGUUAUUGGCGGUGAUGUACCCCCCGAGCACGCCUCCACAGCGGGCAUGUUAGGAUCAGCAACCCUGGUCUCCGGUAUCCUGGCUGGUUUGCUCGUCACAUACGUCUGUCCACUGUUGGUCGGCGUAUAGCGAACUCUUAAAGAUAUUUUGCACUGAGGGCUUACUAUCAUCACUUUGCGACCUAAACUGGGGGCUUACCAUCAUCUCGUAACGCGAUCCACUUUGCGAACUAAAUUGAUCUGCAUCGCAAAUUCGUACCAUCGAGUUAAUUUGUUGUAUGAAAGCGAAUCAUUUUAGGUUCCUAAGUAAAUUGAACUGAGUCGCAUUUGAAUCGUUCCGUUAAA